AUGGCCAGCGAAGUCGCAGAUCCCUAUGAACUAUUAGGCAUCUCGUCAGAUGCCAGGAUAGAAGACAUUAACAAGGCCUUUCGUCAAAGAUCGCUCAAAGUUCAUCCAGAUAGGAACCCAGAUAACCCUGAAGCCGCGGCGAAAUUUCACGAGCUCAAACAAGCGCAAGAACUAUUGCUUGACCCUCAACGACGUGCCGAAGUUGAUGCUUCCCUCAAAAAACAGCGUGCUCGUGCCGAACAACUCGCCAAAGCUGGCGUGAGCCGAAAAAGGAUGAUGGACGCGCUGGCUGAAGCGGAACGCGCGCAUAAAAAAGCGCGAACGGAGACGGCUGCUGAUGCGAGGAAGCGAGAAGAAAAAGAGACGCAGCUCAAAGAUGCUGGACGACGUAUGAGAGAGGAAAAAGAAAAGGAGAUUGCUAGAGUGGAGGAGGAGCGCGUCAAUGCCACGAAGGCAAGGCAGGAAGAGGAAAACGCGUCAAGGUUAGGGGACACACCCGUGGUUCUCAAGUACCAACUCUCGGAUCGUCCCGACCUCAUGACCAAAGAGGCCCUGUUGGCUGUGCUCAAACCUUUUGGAUCCAUUGACGAAUCGACCGUCCUCCUAACGUUAAAGCCGAAAAAACUCAAGCCGGGAGCCACCCCAAAGUCAGCCACUGCUGUCAUCACCUUUCAUAAGGUACAAGACGCGUUCGGCGCCGUCGUGUCUAGUGGACAAGCUACACGUGGUCUCCAAGGAGUAGAAGUCGCUUGGCCGACGGGAGAAGAGCCCGAAUCGAUCAAGAUGUUGAGGGAGAAGGGCUUGUUAGAGACUAGCACGAAAAACAUCCCGACGGGAUCGAGCAAACCUCCACCAUCGGAACCGGCCGUGGAAGCUUCUAGUGCUCCCAAGCCAAAGGCGGCCUCGAGUGGUGCCGACUUUGAGGCCAUUACGUUGAUGCGAUUACGACAAGCGGACGCCAAUCGUCGUGCAAAACAAGAAGCCGCGAAACAAGAGGCGAAAAAGGAUGAGGAAAUGCAAACAUAA